AUGGCUGUUAGGCACGGCACAGACAGAGGGCACCUCUCAAUAGGGAAGCGACUCAGGAAGGGUUGCAGCAGCUCGGCAUACAUGCCGCAUUGCAGUGUCGCGCCCAGGCUGUGGUACAGCAUGUACGGCAUGUUGUACGGCAGAGGCGCGUCCGCGGGUAGCGCCUCCAGCUCCCGCCACAGCGACGCGACGUCGGGCGGAAUCUGGUACGUGUACGGUAUAUGUACAGGAUGUACGGAUACAUGUACGAUUAUACGGCAGGCAACCCUGCUUCAAUGCGGGAUGAAACCGCUAGCACCAAACGCUCCGGUGAGCGACCGAGCUGGAUUUGCACCAGUUAGGCUUGAUGAUGCUGUUGUCGAGGCCCAGCGUGAGCGAAUGGAACACGAGGAGGUUGCUAGGCGCGAGCGCAAUGCGGUCAAUGCUACGGCAGCCGGCGAGGCGAGGCUUGCGCUCACGCCGGUGGAGGAAGACUGA